AUCAAAACUGUCCCUGAACAACAAAUACAAUGGGAGGAGUGCUCUUGACACUAUACAUAUAGGCUGCACAUAACACAACCUGUUUUCUAAUUUUUUCAAAUAUACAUUAUCUACUUGGACAAAUUUAACAAAAAAUGGAUUCAAUUAAAAAGAAGAUGGCAGCCCUUCGAGAAAAACUUGAAGCUGCCGAAGAACGCGCAAGGAAAUCAGAAAAUGAGUUACAUUGCACAAAUGUCAAAGCAGACGAGGCUGAAGAAGAAGUAACACGACUACAAAAAGAACUCGCAAAUUUAGAAGAUGAACUUGAUACUUCAGAAUCGAAACUGUCAUCAAUGACCCAACGUUUACAAGAUGCAGAGAAACAAGCCGAUGAAAGUGAACGAGCUCGGAGAGUGUUGGAAAGUCGAGGUCAGACGGAUGACGAUAGAUUAACAAAAUUAGAAAGUGAAUUGCAUGAAGUGCUUGGGAAAAACGACGAGGUUGAAAAAAGAUACGAACAGAUUGCUGAAGAGAUUGACGAGUUAGAAAGCAGAUUGGAUGAAGAAGAACAGAGAUGUGUAAUUUCUGACAGUCGAGUGCGAGAACUAGACGUGGAGAUUGUCGAAGUAAGUAAUGCGUUACGAACGAUGGAGAUCAAUGAGAUGGAGGCUUCUGAGCGAGAGGAACAACUCUCUUCGAAGUUGAACGAGAUGGUGCAGCGUUACAACGAGACUGAAGAAAAAGCGAAUAAGUAUGAGCAACAUACGAAGGAGCUGGAAUCUAGUUUGAAUGACUUAGAAAGGAAACUUGAAGAAGAAAGAGAUAAUUACUCGAAAGUAAAGGCGGAUCUGGAUGCUUUGUUGUCAGAAAUUCAAGAUAUGAAUAUUUAAAAACAGCCUUGUUUUUGGUCGCACGUGACGUAUUGUUGUUUUUGAAAAGCUUCACUUGGUACACUGUUGGACUAUUUCAACUUUUGUUCUUACUCCCGUCAACGCGAUGUUUAGAGAAGAAAACAGUAUGUACAUGGAAUAUAUUUUCAAGAAUUUGUUAAUAUUAUUUAUGUUAAUUCUGAUGUUGAGUUGUUUAAAAAAAAAAUACAUGGGGAAUAAAAAAACCUUCCAGCGUUGUCUUUUUGUUCGUACGAUGUUGCUAGUCAGCGGUCCGUAGUUUCUUAUCUCUACUUGUAUCAUCUACGAAGCUUCCGCAACUUUACUACUUUUUUAAUAAACAGUAGGUAUUGCUUUCUUCCGACUAAUAUUUUGACUUGUACUUUCUUCUUUAGCAGCCUUUUUAUCCGCUUCUAAAUAUAUAUUUUUUGUGAAUAUGAGACAUGUGGAAAUAUCGGUGUAUUGUAUUCCAAAACUAAUGUAUUGCUUCUUAUUUGUAUAUAUUAUAUAUUAUCGAUUA